CGACAUAAAGAAAACAGCCAACAAUGGACCCGAAUUGCUAAAUACCCAAAUAUGGGAGAUUACCGUUGAGUUGAAAUAACAAAAUGGCAGGACACAUGAUUUCUAAAAUGUAUGUCUGCGUGAUAAUUGAAAUGUUUCCAGAAUGUAAAGAAACAUCAAAAUAUCAACCUUUCAAACAUUGACUAUCGGAUAUAAACAACAUUAGAAGACGAAACCAACAAAUAUAUGCUCAGAACAGACAAGAUAACAAGGAUUUUGAAAAAUAGGAUAAAGCUCACGAAAAGCUAAACUGAAUUAAGACAAUUGGAACAAUUUAUGAUUAGACAUAUAUGAUAAAGAGAAAAUGAAACAACAUAUUAAGUUGAAAUCCACGAUUCAAAUUAAUACCAGAUGAAACAUAAUGGACGACAAAAAGUGAUGACAUCACAGCAAAAAUUGAUGAUGUCAGGGGAAUCUAGAGGUUCUCUAGAUAUGAUUCUAGAAGAUGAAGAAGAACUUUCAAAAUUACUGAGAGGUCCAAACAAAUCUAUACAUAAGUUGCCAGCUAACAUGUCAAUCACAGAUAGGGUAACCUUAGUGAGAAACACAGCCGAGCAGAAACACCUGCGACUCGUGAGCAGCCAUUUUAAGAGAGAAAUGAAGAAAAACAUGGCAGCAUAUCGCAAUAAAACUGACCAAUUGAAAGAGGAGUUAUACCAAUUCCAAAAUGAUCUUAACCAAUUUCACAUGGAUGACUCAAAAGAUGUCAGGACUAAUUCCAAUAUGGCUGACACGCCAUCACGAUUUUACUCCUCGCCAUAUAGUCGGAUAACUCCAAAAACUGGUACAUCCAGUCGGAAUGGAUUGUUGAAGCCCAAAUGGAAUUCUAGUCAUAAUUUAUUAGAUAGUGAAAUGCUCAAAGCAGUAGAUGAACGUAGAAAUAGCACGCCCUUGCCAGAGAACUUGAUGGCUCUCCCAGAGCUAAAGAAUCAUAUACAGUUAUCAUACAUAGACAGGAAAAACUCAGUUCAGAAUCUUUCGCAUAUUUUAAUCCCAGAGGAGGAUAAAAUUGAUUCUGAUCCUCCAUCAUUUGAUUCUAGUAUGGAGUCAGACGAACAGACAUUACAGAGUGAUAUAAAACCCAAACAGGAAACAAUGGAUUAUACUGAAGGAAAACAUCAUACAGAUAAUACUGAUAAAAAUACCAAUAAUAAAACAAGAAAUAAAUCUAAAGGAAAAAGAACAAACAGAAAAGUAAAAGAACCAGCAGAAAGUCCUGACAAAAUGUCAUAUAGUCCUAAAAAUAAAAAUAAAAGCAACAAAAAGGUCCACUUUGCUUGUGACACAUCGGAUGGAGGAUACAGCUCAAUGUCAAGCUCCCCCAAACCUACAUUAGAGCCCCAAAAACCAGCACUUAAAUUUCCUAUUAUCCUUGAGAGAACAAACUCCAUAAUACCACCAAUUAUGGAGAAAUUCUGCAUCCUUGGACCAUCCCAUAAACCCAACAAUAUUGAACGUCAAACAAGUGAUAAAAACCUAAAAAGAAUGAAAAGUCGGACUAAACCAAACAAAACAGCAAUCACUAGAAAGUCCUCAGAGAGUAAAAUUGAGUAUAAAGUAUAUUAUAAAAACCCAGACAAAGACAUCAGCCCUGUGGACAAAUUCCGGGAAGUUGCACAAAAAGUGAUGCCCCAAUCACGAACAAACAGAGACAAAAUGAGCAUGCUGGAUGUGGUGCUUGCAGUAAAAGAAAGACUCUGGGAAAACCAGCGGGACUUAAAAUUUGGGGAAUCAGUGCCAAAAGCGAAUCAUGGUGUUUUAUUGACAGAUUUCUUGCUGAGUAAAUCUGCAGAUCAUGAAAGGCAGGAGAACAAAAUGGCAGUGGAGGGGUCUUCACAAAAGGGUGUCCCUGGAUUCUCAGCUGAACGAAGUGGAAGACGUCACCCAAAUGUGCUUUUGAAAAAUCAACUCCGAAAAAUGGCGAGAAAUCGAACAAUGUCAGAACAAAUAGAGGCAGAGCAAUAUAGACUUGAAAAUAUGGAUGUCACAAAAUCCUGACACUAUGACAUUGGGGCUCUAUGAAAUGUGCAUGUAAUCUGACAUGAAUUCGUGUCAGUGGAAUACAGUUAUCAGUAAAAAAUAUAUUAAUUCACAGAGAUCCAUCAAUUAUAUAGGUCAAUUACCUAACUUACAAUGGUUUCUAGUGGAUGUAACCUAGAUUGUUCACAGUUUUGACAAGCUACAUAUCACAUAAUUAUUCUUCUGUAAGAGUAUCCAUACAUGUCAAUUGAUGUUAUGAACGUAUAUGCCAUGAAAUAAAGAUGACUAAAAAUUAUAUACACACUGUGG